UCCUAGUCCUCGGCGGACUCGGCGCCUUGCGCACGGUCUUCAUACGCGCGCGCUGUCGCGCGCGCUUCCUCUUUGCCGCGUCCCGCCUGCGCGUGUACACCAGCGCCCAGCACUCCUACGCCUGUUAGGAUUGGGCCGCCCGCGCUUGCCCCGUACUCGCGCGCUGUCGCGCGCCUAUCGCCGCUGCUGCCCACAUCCCGCGCGUCCCUGCCACCUCCGCACACGUUGCGCACGCCCAGCGUGGUCCGCUCGCCCAGCCACCCCUCGCACUCGCUGUCCAUCCGCCGCAACCCCCAUCGCGCGCCAUCCACCCGACAACCUCCCCCUGCGCGCCACUUCGCCUAUUCUCCAAGCGCCAUGCGUGUCUACGCCAAUGCGCGUGCGCGCGCCCUUGUCUACUGCAUUGUUUGCGUCGCUUCUCAUGUGCUUGAGUGCCUCGCAUACGAGCUCGUACCCGUCUUUUAGGCCAUGCAUGCGUUGUUUUGGCCCUUUUUCCAGCCUCACCGGGUCGUCUCGCCUCUUGGGGUCUUCUUGUCGUCGGGGCUCGGAACCCACUUCCGUAUCAUUCCCCUCCUCUUCGAGACUUUCCUUGUCCUCAAGGAUUUAUCCUCGACCAUCCAAACAUCGGGCACUCCUUCUUCGACCAUACGCGUAUCUUCACCAUACUGUGCGUAUGUAUUAUCGGUAUCCGCUCGGAAUGGUCGCCGGUCCAUUCUGGGUUCUAGUGGCCUUAGUCUGCCCACUAGAGUGUACACAUGGUGUCCGACAUUUUUAUGCUGGCAGAUGUUCAGUUAUCCGUCAAGUGAUGAUUAUCACGAUAUCAGUAUCAGUUCAUGAUUAUUCAGUACUGGUAUCAGUUUCAGUUUCAGUUCAAUAUCAGUUCAGUUAUAUAUGCCAGGAUCAUGAUAUUGUUAUUAUUUUCACUGUUUACUUUAGUAUGAGUUUCUGCGGAUCACA